UUAAUAUUAGUAGUGGAGACACUCGCCCGGCUAAAGAUACACAUUGGGUCGUAAUGGGCUGGUGUCGCGCGCUGUUCGUUUUGUCUAUAGUGUGUGCUACCGCACACUCCAAAGCUUUAACGUCGAAUGAAAAUGUACGCAAGUCCAGACAGCUGGAUUUCGGCGAAUGUUGCCCGUGUCCAAAACCCGGGGCUGAAGUAUCAGAGCCGCUGUAUCCGGUACAGCCGGUCAUCGACGACUGCCCCUGCAGAAACAGAGCAGCAGACUCUGAGGGCUCAUCUUCCAUGCUGUCUCCAGCUUUGAAGGCGCUACGUCCUUUUAUAAGAUCACAGGACCCAAAGACCGAGCUAGAGCCACUUCUAAAACCUGAAGUUGGACUUGCUUCAUCCGUUUUAAAAACAUUACAAGAAGUGACCAAUGAAGAAUAUGAGGACGCCUUAGCUAGAGAUGCCACUAGAAGUGUGGCAAAAGCUUUGGAAAGUGACUUACCAUUGUUACGGUCUGAAGAGACGCCAGGAAGCAUCAUAAAUAUCAUUCUUAACCCGAAAGAGACUGGUAACGAUUUAGAAGUAGUACCCGAGGCGUCACAUCUACAAGAAACACGAUGUAUUCAUCCCUUAGGAAGCUCCCACAAUAACUAUGAAGGUAGCAAUUUUAAACCAUUACUUUCAUUUCAAGAAUCAAGUAAAAAUCUAGGACCCGGAGGAAGGAAUUCGAACGUAAGAAGCAAUGAUUUUGAUAUGGAUAAUCAAGCAAGUGAAAUACAAAAUUCAUUACAGAAACCGUCUAGUGGCUAUGUUAUGAAAAGCAUAGAGCCCAAUGAAAGUAUAAAUUCUCAAGAAUCGCAUAUAGGAAAUCCAAUAUUAGCAAAUACAGCCCAUGAUAAUCUUUUUAACGGACAAAGUGGCACAUUUAAGAGUAAUACAAAAAUUCCAGACCUCAAACUAUCCACGAUCGUUGAUAACAUAAAGAAGUCUAUACAAUCUAAUUCUAUUUUGAAUAACUUAACAAAAAAGCAAAUACCUACUUCUGAUGACGGCGAUAAUACAUCUUUGUAUACAGUAGAGAAACCACAAAAAUUUGGAAGUGCUUUAAAAAAUUUGCAAAACGUAUUCAGUAAUGUUGAGAAACCGAUACCUUUGAAAAACUUAUUGAAAUUGAAGGAUGUUGAACUUGUUCCAAAGAAAGAAACAGUAAGUGAUCAAAAAACAAAAUUAAAGAGUGCAGAAGAGGACGACACUAUGAUGAAUGCAUCUAUUGCUGAUUUUGAGAAAAAUAGUCAAGAAAGCAAUAUUCAAACUGAAAUUUUAGAUGCCGUUCCUAGCUCGUCUAUUAGAGUUUCUAAUGCCGUUUUGAAGUCACAGAGUACGGAAAACAAUUCAUGUAAUGAUAUUAUAAAUGAUGUGCCGUCUAAAGAAUCAACGGACUUGAAACAGCAAACUCGUAAUAAUAUAAAAAAACCAGAACAAGUACAACAAGAACCACUUGAUGAAGUAAACAAUCCUUCAACAGGCAUAAACUUGCUUGAAAAUGGAUCAGAUGAACAACUUUCUGAAACACCAAAUAAUCAAAAAAGUAGUGAAAUCCUUCCUGACAAUGAUACAUCAGCUUUGAAAAAUGAACCUACAAUUAAAGAGAAUCAAAACAUUAAAGAAAAUAAAGAAAAAAAUAUUUUUCCUACAAUAAAAGCCGAUAUUAUUAAAAGCUUUAAUAACUUUAAAAAAGUAAAUGAUGAUAUGCAAAAGAAACUAAGACAGAAUUUGCAAGAGGUAUUGCAAGUAGUCGGUUCGGAUGAAAAGAAGAUAGUUGAGACUGAAAAUUUAAAACCAAUUAAAGACAAUCCUAAAAGUAUUACGGAUGACGAUCUCCAGAAAAUGAGCGAUUCGAUUUUAAAUGAGAGUAACAUAAAAACUAAAAUACUCGAACCAUCGUUCAAACAGGCGCAUGAAGAAAAUGAAUUAGAUAACUGUGUAUCUAUUAGAGGUGAUCAACAUUUAGAAGAAAACUCAUUUGAUGAAAAUUCAAAUUAUAAAACUGAUGCACAAUCUAAUGCUGGAAAUUUAAAUACUACACCGAAUGAACAGCAUGCUUUCUCAAAUGACAUGAAUGAAAGAGAUUUUUCAGUGGAGCAAAAUAAUAGAAAGCCGGUUUCUAAAAAACCCAUUGUGAAUUCUAAUAUGAGUGGUGAAAGAACAUUCGAUGAAAAUAGUGAAGAUUUUGCUGAUUCUGUAAAAGUGUCAAAGUCUGCUAGCGACUCGCAAUUUGCAAACACUGCUGAUAUGACUUCAAAAGAUAACAACGCAAUGAAAGAGGAAAGCAACGGAAGAGAUUUAGAGACUGAAAUGUCUGAAAUUAAUAAGGAAACUUCUAAUCCUGCUGCAAACGGACCUUAUGAAUCCAUAAGUAACAAUGAAAAGAAUUGCUUAAAUUCUAACGACAUGAACGUUCAAGCGAGUGAACCUAUAGGAAAUCGCGUUACUUUUGCUAAGCCAGAUUUUGAUAUACUUAAGGCUGAAAGACCUUUAUUUUCCAAAUUUCCUUUAGGAUCUGGAUUAAAACCAUAUUCCGCAAGAUUAGCAAGUCCGCAUUCUUUAGACCGUGAUACAAUAAACCCUAACUUAUCUGGCAAGAUGAACUCAUUACAGAGUAGUUUCAAAAAUAACAAUUUGAAAAAUGUUUUUAAAAACCUUGAAACAGGAGCUCUUCCCUCUUUGGGAAAUAAACGCAAUAAUAUUCUAAAUUCUAAGCCAUUCCAUGACUUUGAUUCAAUUUCUGAUAAUUUUAAGUCUCGUGCAGAUGAUACCCUACAUAAUUUAAACAACAUUUUGGGUAGUGGUUCAAGUGAUCUAAAAUCAAAUCACCUAUAUAAAAAUGUUCUGAACAAUGCAGAUGAUAUAAGAAAUUCACUAUCCAGAGUUCACUAUGACCUCAAUGACAAACUCCAAAAACUACAUAGCGACUGGACAGACAAGAUUCAUACCAUUGGUCAAAGUGCUGAUACACCUUUAUCGUUAAACCGUGCUGCAAAUCCUCGAAAAAAUAUUUUUGAUACAGAAAAGAGAAUACCUCUAUUAACUUUAGAAAAGCCACGCACUGAAACUAACAUAAUGAAAGGGAAACCUAAAACACUAUUAAAUGACGAAAAGUUUAAGCUUCCAUAUCUUUUACCAAAGUCACUUUAUAAGGCUCCAUCAUUAAGCGAAAGAAAAUCAAUGAUUUUAACUACGACUAAGCGACCUCAGCCAAUGUUCACUACCAAAACGCCACCAAGAAAGAAAGUAUCCCUGAAGUCUGCACCAAAACCCACCUUAUCACAAACGCUUAAAGAAGCAAUUGAAUCUGCAAAGUCAGAUAAACUUAAUAAAAUGAGAGAUAUGAAAACAUUAUCGAGCAACACAAAGCCUUUUCCAGUUCGAAAUCAGGACUACAGCGCAAGAAAAUCGACACCAGAACUGCGAGAAUCUUUGGAGAACCAAGAAACUGUUCAGCCAUAUAAAAACGUAGCAGAAGGUUCUAGAAGAGAUAACGUCAGUCGCUACAGCGGUUUACCAUUCCAACUGAAAGCUGAAGAAUUUUCGGUCCUUAAAAAGCUGCUUGAUGGAAUACGGAGCAGCCAGCUACAGUCAGACAUGUUUAGGAAUCACGACUACGACGAUAAUGCGUAUGAAAAUUUACAAGCGCCGUCGCAGAAUGUUGAAAGUAUCCGAAUGCCCGAAAAUACUCUGAAAGAAAAUGUAUCUUAUAAAUGCAAAAUGGUUUGUACCAAAGAUGAUAAUUAAAAACAUGGACCCGGAAA